AUGGAGACCAGUAUUAAAAUGCUUUUCUGCAUUGCCCUGGCUGCUGCACUAUCAGGUGUGGGGAAUUCUGGAUUGAUUGGGAACCACAGCGGUGGAAAGGACGAUCCUGUGCUGCAGUACGUCGUUAACAACUCACUGAGGGAGCACCCGGUGCUCACCAAACUUCGACUGUUAACCCUUCAGGACCAAUGGAGCAUGAUGAUGGUGUCAAGUGAACAAGCCCAGCUGAGCAACCUCAUUAAGCUGAUCAACGGAACUAAAGCUAUUGAAAUUGGGAUGUACACUGGGUACAAUGCACUGAGCAUGGCUCUGGCCAUGCCGGAGAAUGGCCGUGUAGUGGCUUGUGAAAGCGAAGAAACAUAUAUAAACAUCGCCAGACCUUUAUUUGCUGAGGCUGAAGUUGAAAAUAAGAUUGAUGUACGGCAUCAGUUAGCCUUACAGACACUAGAUGAGCUGAUAGCAGCGGGUGAAGCUGGAACAUAUGACUUUGUGUUCAUCGAUGCUGAUAAAUCCAACUAUGACAACUACUAUGAGAAGUCCCUUGAGCUCAUACACAAAGGAGGAGUCAUUGCAAUCGACAAUGUGCUGUGGGGCGGAAGGGUUGUCAAUCCUUCUCCCCAAGACUUCACCUCGCAGGCUCUGGACGCUCUUAAUAGAAAGCUACACACAGACCAGAGGAUUGAUCUGAGCAUGCUCACUGUGGGCGAUGGGCUCACCCUUGCCAUUAAACGUUAAAUCACGCCUCACAGCUUUCAUCCUAAAGCUGACUAUUUUCUCUUUAAAAAAAUAUCUGAUCUGAAGGGAAUUGCUUCCUGUAGAGCUGCAGCAGUCAUCCAGUGAAUAUUUUUUUUACAGCAGAAUAAACAUUAUAACUUCCUCUCA